GUAAAAUAAAAAAAAAAAAACAAAAAAAUACAUAAAAUCCAAAAAAAUAGUAAAAUAACAAAAUUUUAACGGGAAUCACUUGAUUUUAAGUUAGUGUACGUAAGCGUGCAACGUGGUCUGAGGAAUGCGAUAGUCAUUAUAAAGAGAAAGUGAAGUUGAUCUUUGCCUACGUUUAAGUUAAUGUCGACGUAAACUGCUACAGUGAAAUUAUAAAAAUGAAUCCUGGUCCACCCAAUUACCCUAUGGCAUCUUUGUAUGUCGGGGAUUUACACUCCGAUAUUACCGAGGCCAUGUUGUUUGAGAAAUUUUCUACCGCUGGUCCGGUCCUUUCAAUACGCGUAUGUCGCGAUAUGAUAACUCGUAGAUCCUUAGGCUAUGCUUAUGUUAACUUUCAGCAACCUGCCGAUGCUGAAAGAGCUUUGGACACUAUGAAUUUUGAUAUGAUCAAAGGAAGACCUAUUAGAAUCAUGUGGUCCCAACGAGAUCCAUCUCUUCGCAAAUCUGGCGUUGGGAAUGUUUUUAUUAAAAAUCUUGACAAAACCAUUGACAACAAAGCCAUGUAUGACACUUUUUCUGCAUUUGGAAAUAUUCUAAGCUGCAAAGUUGCUCAAGAUGAAACAGGUGCCUCUAAGGGAUAUGGAUUUGUUCAUUUUGAGACUGAGGAGGCUGCUAACAAAUCCAUAGAAAAAGUAAAUGGAAUGCUUUUAAAUGGGAAAAAGGUUUACGUGGGUAGAUUUAUUCCACGUAAGGAACGUGAAAAGGAACUCGGUGAAAAGGCUAAGUUGUUCACCAAUGUGUAUGUCAAGAACUUUGGAGAAGAUUUUAGUGAUGAAAUGCUUAAAGACAUGUUUGAAAAAUAUGGCCGAAUUACCAGCCAUAAAGUAAUGUAUAAAGAUGACGGAACAUCCAGAGGUUUCGGAUUCGUUGCAUUUGAAGAUCCAGAUGCUGCCGAGAGAGCAUGCAUGGAGUUGAAUGGAAAAGAACUUGUUGAAGGAAAGCCUUUAUAUGUAGGACGGGCUCAAAAGAAAGCAGAACGCCAGAAAGAGCUGAAGCGUAAGUUCGAACAGUUGAAGUCUGAGCGAUUGACACGUUAUCAAGGCGUCAACCUGUAUGUUAAAAACUUGGAUGAUACUAUUGAUGAUGAACGUCUCCGUAAAGAAUUUGCUCCCUUUGGAACUAUCACUUCAGCUAAGGUUAUGUUGGAGGAUGGACGCAGUAAAGGUUUUGGAUUUGUUUGCUUCUCAUCUCCAGAGGAAGCUACUAAAGCUGUAACAGAAAUGAAUGGUCGUAUUGUUGGAACAAAGCCUUUGUAUGUUGCUUUAGCUCAGCGCAAAGAAGAUCGAAAGGCCCACUUAACUUCACAAUAUAUGCAAAGAAUGGCCAGCAUGCGCAUGCAGCAAAUGGGCCAAAUAUUCCAACCGGGUGGUGCAGGAGGAUAUUUUGUUCCAACAAUUCCUCCAGCUCAAAGAUUCUAUGGCCCAGCUCAGAUGACUCAAAUAAGACCAUCGCCGCGUUGGACUGCACAGCCACCUGUCAGACCCAGUACUCAAACAGCUGCUUCAGGAUAUCCCAAUAUGCAAGCGCCUUUCCGACCUGCACCUAGGGCUCCAACACAAGCAGCACUUCGUACAUCUCUUGGGGCUAGACCUAUUACAGGACAGCAAGGUGUGGCUGCUGCAGGCUCUAUUCGUGCUCCACUUGUUACGCAGAGUGGCCGCCCUGCAGGUUAUAAGUACACUGCUAACAUGCGCAAUCCGCCAGCUCCACAACCGGCUGUGCAUAUCCAGGGCCAAGAACCCUUAACAUCGACUAUGUUAGCUGCUGCUCCGCUUCAAGAACAAAAGCAAAUGCUUGGAGAACGUUUGUUCCCACUAAUUCAAAGGAUGCAUCCAGAUUUGGCUGGAAAAAUUACAGGAAUGCUUUUGGAAAUUGAUAAUUCAGAACUACUACAUAUGUUAGAACAUGGAGAGUCACUGAAAGCUAAGGUUGAUGAAGCCGUUGCAGUUUUGCAAGCUCACCAGGCUAAACAACAAGCUACUAAAAAAGAAUAAGGAUAAAGGCCAAAUAUAAUACUGACCAGAUUUUAAGAUACAAGAACCCAUAACAUGUUCUUGUUAAUUAUACUGCUUUGAACAUCUUACAUUGUUAAUCCCGCUCAUAAAAAAAAAUACAUAAAUAAAAAUUGAAAAAAAAAAAAAAGUGGAUUGCACUCCUUCCAAAUAAUUAUAUAAUAACAUUAUUAUACCCAAUAUUAGAGUGCAAUUCUGCAAACAAAAAUAAGAAACUGUCAACAUUUCUAUAUUUGAAAGAGUAUUCUGAACUCGUAAGACUUUUUACAUUAACUGAGAAGUUUGGUUUAAGUUUUUCAUUAGCUUUUUAUUUCUAUUGUAUCUCUAGAAGGGGAUUUAGUUGGCUUUAUGUUCUUUCAAUUUCAUUCUUUUAUCUUUAAUCGGUUUUACAUUUGUAUGAUACCAUGGAUUGUAAACUUGGUCUCGUUAUGUAACUGAUUCAAUAUUCCUUUAUGAUUUGUUACAUAUAUUUUGUGGAAGUUUCACAUUAA